GCUGCCGUCCGGGCCGCCUUACAUUCGGUCUGUCACACGCGCUCCGUACGCUCUGCCGUUCUGUUCCUUUAGUUGUUAAUAAAACGUUUGUUUUUUUUUUUUAUACAGUAUAUAACAUAUUAUUAUAUAUCCCACACAAACUCUAUCGAACGGUUUUUGGUCGUAGUGUCGUGUUUUUUGCUGUCGGAAAACGGUUUCAUAAUAUUACUAAAACAAAUUUUUUUAUAUAAUAUUUACAAACAUUAUAUAUUAUAAAAUAUCGUACAUUUAUUCCUACAUAUUUUUAUGUACCGUCAUAGUUUUUGGUCUCUUUUAUUUUGAAAUAAAAUUCAACGCUGGCAGCCCAACAGUUCCAACGGAAUCACUUAAACGCCUUUGGAAACUACUUUUGGGAAUUAAAAACGUUGAGGCCAAUACUCCUGAGGACGAAAGUCAUAAUUAAUAGUUUAACCUAAUUCAACCAGCAUAUACUCGGUACAUAAAGUAUGAUCAAGUUUAUUCGAAGAACUGGAUUUUGGUGUUUUUAAAUUGAAAUCGCGUCAAGAUGCAUAUCGAGGUUAGCGUAGCGUUGAACUUUGUGAUCUCGUACCUGUACAACAAAUUACCUAGACGACGAGUAAACAUAUUUGGCGAAGAGCUGGAAAAGUGCCUGACGGAGAAAUUCGCUGGCCACUGGUACCCGGAGAAACCGUACCGCGGUUCGGCGUACCGGUGCAUCAAAACGGGAUCACCGAUCGACCCGGUGUUCGAGAAGGCGUCCCGCGAGAGUGGCGUAGCCAUACAGGACAUCCUGGAAAAUUUACCGCAAGAUCUGGCUGUGUGGGUGGACCCCGGCGAAGUCAGUUACCGCAUCGGCGAGAAGGGAGCUGUUAAGAUCUUGUAUAACGAGAAUAGCGGUGGCCUUCAGUUCGACACUCACGACGACCGGACCGCCGACAGAGAGGUCGUCAAAACAUUCAACCCUGAAGCACAGUGUUUCCGGCCAAUCGACUCGGUAGCGUCCAGCUUAAGUUCUCUGAGUAUUUCACCACCGGACAAGUGCUCGGUCGGUUCACCGACGCUUGGUAGUGGUUCCAACAACUCGUCGCCGACGCAUCAUAACCACCUCCACCACCAACAACAACACCAUCCUCACAACCAGCAACAGCAAACACAGCUACAACAGCCACAGCACAAUCCGCUGUUGUACGGAAAAUCGUGUGGUGGCGGUGGCGGUAGUAGCAGCAGCAGUAGUAGCAGCAGCAGCAGUAGCAGCAGCAGCAGCAGCACUGUAAGCAAUGGCAACAGUCAGCAAACGUCGCAGCAACAACAACAGCAGCAGCAGCAGCCACGAAGCCCUAACGGUGGCGGACCCGCGGUUGCGGUCGCAGCUGGCGGUGCUUAUGUGCCGUGCCGACAGCCGUCUGUGCCGUUGACGUUCACUACCGCCUCGUUUGCACAGACCAAGUUCGGCAGCACCAAACUCAAGUCCAACAACAAGCGAGCUAACAGGUUUCUGAUGACUGAUUUCAUAGAAAAGAUGUCGCCGACCGAGUUUGCCAACUACAUCAAGCAACGGGCGGCUAUGCAGCAACAACAAAUUGUGGUCGGUGGUGGUGGUCUACAGCAACAACAGCAACGUCCGGUGUCACCGGUACAGCAACACCACCGUAGCCAAAACGGCGACGCGGCUUCCAACUACUUUUUCCAGCAACAACAGUACAAUAACAACCACCAAGGCGGCGGUAGUGCCGGUUACCAAAGGCCACGGCAGUCCAACGGUUAUCAUCGGAACAGCGGCAACAUGAUCACCGCGGAUUAUGCACCACCGCGAUUGCAGUUUGCUAACGGCGGCUCAAGCGGUUGGCAGAACUUCGGUGGCGAUUUUGGGCCACAGCACUUUGGUGGCUCACCCAUGGGCCCGUUGUCACCAGCCAAUUAUGGAACGGGACAGCAAAUGCAAUCCGCUGUGACUCCGAUGCAUCAGCAGCAGCAACAACAGCAACAGCAACAGCAGCAAAAGAUGCAGGAUAACUACAACGCCAUGGGAUUGGGAUCGUCGACGUCGUCGUCGUACAGGUCCAGUCCUUUCCAACAUUUGUUGGUGGCUAACUGAUUUCAGUCGGCUUAGCUGACGAGAGACGGUUAAGAGCGCCCCCUUUCACCACCAAACCGCCACUACCCAUGCCACCUAACGUGGCCCAUGCACCCUCUUGACCUAGUUACAUGGUUGAAGACCGACCCGCCCCAUCCCCCUCUAUCCGCCCACCUUGUUAUCAUUAUUAUUAUUAUUAUUAUUUUUUUAUAUAAUACCCUCUUUUAAUACACAGUACAUAUUAUAUACAUACAUAAGUAAACCCUCUGGCGCGCCUUCCCUUUCUCCACCAUUAAAGAUAAAUAAUGAAAGUUAUUUAUAUUAUAUUUUUAGAUAGGUACAUCCGUUAUUAUAUUAUAUUAUUUCCGUUUUUCCAAAUCCUGUAUUUUAUUCACGUGGCUACGGCAGCGGGUCUCAUAUCUAUCUGUCAUCAUCAUUUAAAACAUAAUUUAUUUAUAAUAUAUAUACUGCUAUUACCUGUCGGCUUCUAAAAUUAAAAUUAUCUCUAUUGACAAAAUUUUAAAUAUUAUAUUCAUAUAGGUAAUUAGGCCAAUGCUCGAAAAAUAUUUCAACUUCUAUAAUACAUAUUCUAUCAUUCAUGCAGAUAUAUAAAAAAAAUGUUAGUUUUCUUUGGAAAAAUAAAAUAAAAUAUAUAAUAACAAAAUAAAUAAAUACAAUUUUAAUAACAUCAAUAUAUAUUAUUAUAAUAUGUGAUUGAUCACCCACAAGUAUUAUUAUUAGUUUUUUUUACACUAUUUUCCUUUUCUUAUUUUUGACUAAAACUUUUUAAUAUUUUUAAAUUAACGCAUAUAUAAAUUUAUUUUUUUUAAGCAAUUUAUGACUUAUCGUACAGACUUAAUGAGAUGUUUUUUUUAACAAAUAAAAUAUUUUUACCAAUGAGAGGAUUAGACCUUAAUUUAUAAUAAUAACACGUACAUUAUAUAUAAACAUAUAAUAUACAUAUAAUAUACCUAGAGUCCGAUGAUAAUAAUUAAAGAUACUUUACGUCUAGGUUAAUAUUAUACUUAUUAUAUACACGUAUACUAUAAAUACAUUUGAAUAUUUGAUCAAACAAUUGAUUAAUGAUCCAUUACAUUAAUGUAUUAUGUCAACUAUGUGUUCUGUGAACAUCAAAUAUUCAGUUCUAAAUAGGUACAAAAAAAAAAACAAAAUAAUUAAAUAAUAAUAUUAAAUUUAAUAAAUUCAUUUUUCAAGUUAAAAUAUUUCUAAACAUAGAAUCUCCCUAACCUUUAUACCUUUUACCUGAUCUUUAGAAAUCAUCUUUUUUUUUCUCUUCAAAUUCCUUGCUCUUACAUGUAAUAUUUAAAACCAAACAGGAACAAUCUAAUUGCAAUAAUUGUGAAAUACAUAGGUGUUUAAUAAUAAUAUAAUAAUUAUAAUCAUAAAUAAUGUUUGUAAUAUUGUAAAUCGGCCUAGGAAAUACGUAAAGUAAAAAUUAAAUAUAUUAUUUAAAAUGUUCUUUUGUAGAAAUGUAGAAAAUUUGUUAUGACAAUAUUAAGAAAAAUUUAAAUUAAAAAUUGUUAUACUGGAAAAUUUAUCGAUGGAUCUCGCCAGUUAUUAACUUGUACUUGCAUUUUGCAACAUAAAUCGAGGUUUACUUAAAAAAAAAAUCAUUAUAAUUGUUUUUCAUCAUUAUACCUAUAGGUAAAUAUAAUAUUAUCCAAUUUAAAAAAUUGCAUGCGAUUUUUUUUUUAUUUUGAAGCUUUAAAUUGAAAGUUUUAUUUAGUAAAUGUUUUAUUAUAAUUUUUUAACUUAUUUGGUAUUUUUUUACUCUUUAUAUACAUAUUAAAGUUAUAUGAAAUACUUGGGUUUUUUUUUUAGAGUUAGAUACUAUUAUUUUUAAGUAGCGAAAUUAUCGUUUUAGUAAGUUUUUCUUUUUUUUAUUUAAUUAUAAUAAUAUAAUAUAAUAUAAUAUAUACCUACACAUAUAUUAUACAUAGUAAUAAUAAUAAAUUUAUAAACAUAUAUAUUUUUUUGUGAUUACAAUUUAAGCCGUAGGGCAUUUUUUUCAUAUACUAAAAAUGUAAUGCAUAUACAUUUAUAUGUAUGUAUAUAAUAUACGUAUACCUACUUGCAUAUAUUUAUACAUAAUAUGAAACGAAAAAUUGUAUUUUUUACUUUGCACUUUAUUUUUUUUUUAAUGAAUAUAAUAUAUUAUAUAUAUGUCACACGAGGUUACCUAUAUAUACCUUAUACGUGUACCUAAGUAUUGAACGUUUUGCUACUCGACCGAAAUGUUUGUCUAACAUGUUAUAAUUAUAAUAUAAUAUUAAUUAUUAUUAUACAUUAGGUAUCUGAAUAUAGUAAAUUGUAUAUUA